CAGGGCGUCAGUCGUGACGUUGCCCACAUACGUGAGGCCGACAACGGCAAGCCCUAUCACCAUCACCACCACCACCACCACCUUAGUGGAUAACGGCCAUUUCCCCGAGGAUGAAGAAGAAGCAGAAGAGUAGACCUUGCAGAAAGCCGUGUUGAUUACUAUGAAAGAAAUGAUUACAGUUAAGCCAUCCAGGCUACCCUGCAUCAAGUCAUUAUGGCGGCCGUAACUCCAACGAGUCCAAAUCCAAAACCGCAGCCAAUGAAAAUCGUCCAAUUUGCUGUCAGGGCUCUGCAAUCCUUAUCACCACCUGCUCAUCCAACAGAUCCCCCUCGACCGUUUCCACGAAAGAAAAUCAUUGGAGUCGUCAUUUCUAUCAUCUCCCUUCUAUUGCUCGGAGUUGCCAUCUAUUUCACCAUUGGUGGCAGUACCGUCCGGAAAAGUGUCCACUACUCACUCUGCGAUUCACAAGCUUGCAGCGCACUCGAAAACAUGCUCCGUAAGACCAUCAGCCAACAAAUCGACCCGUGCAACAACUUCUAUGCCUAUGUCUGCGAUGGUUGGAACAAAGGGCAGUCCAAGUCUGUUUACCAGAACCAUGUGGAUAACUUUUUGGAGUUGCUAGCUGAAGGCCUUCAGGAAAAUGUUCCUCGCUACGACCAGAGUCCUGACCAGAAGGCGGCAGCCUUCUUCCAGGCGUGCAGGAGAGCUGCAGAUGACGAACGUGGAGACAUGUUGGGUUUAAGGCAAAUACUUCACACAAGCGACGUGCAUUGGCCCGUUAUUUCUGAGAAACCGGACGUCCUCAGAUCACUAGUUCGAUUUUACAAGUCUCUCAGGAUCAGGAACCUUCUGAACAUCGACAAGAACGAAGGCAGCUUGGUCAUAUCCGGAGGCGCUAUGUUAGCUAGUAAAUACCAGCGUAGAGCAACAUUAAUUAAAAACCCGGGAACGUAUGACUACAAGACUUACUACGAGACAUUUCAAAAUGCGACCAAAGGUAUCUACAUGUCAGAACAAAAAUUCCUUCCAUAUUCUGAAUUCGUGGAAGUUGAAGAUUCGAUACUUGGCAAUCUAACAAAUUACACCAAGGCAGCCGUCAAAAGCCUUCCGAAGAACCUGAGCGACCUGGCAAACUUAACGGCCGAGAUUCCUUACGAGCGCUGGUUAAAACUUGCGACACGAGAACUUGGCCUUUCCGCAAAUGCCCCGUGAACAUCAGCGACGGGGACAGCGAUUACAUCCGCGCGUUCAGCGGGCUUUUGAAAAUUAUCGAUGAAAAGUACCUGCACUACGAAGUAGGUUGGAUCAUGAUACAACAGUGCGCCACUUUCAUCAAUCGACAAGUCCUUAGUGCAUAUGUCGGCGACUUCGAGCCAUUCCAGCCGGGAGGCUUAGCGGAUAUAACAAACCGCGACUACUGCUUCGUGACUACAGAACACAUGCUGGGAUGGCCUGUCUACGCCAAUUUCUUGAAGGGGAACGUACUAGCGGAGUCGAUAAAGGACGUACGUAACAUUAUCGACGACAUUGGCCGCGUUGCUUUUCCUAAGAUAUACGGAAAGAUGACACCAGGUUCACCUUACACGGAUUCCGUCUUCCGGAAGAAGCUUGGUUUACUCACGACGUACCAAGACCGAUUUGAACACUUCAACUUCAGCGGCGCAUUUUCCAAGAUCGCCGAUAUGGGUCCUUACAUCUUCCAAAACUGGGAGGAAGUUAUUCGGGGCCUCCACACAUUUUGGAAAUUGAUCAGCACGCAUUUCAUGCCCAGGUUACUCGAAAGACAUCUAACGUAUAAUCUUUACAACGAUCUCGAAGGUACAUAUCUGCUGCCGCCCUACGCUAUGAUGAUGCCACUUUACGACCUUCACGUCAUCAAAGCGGUCAAGUAUGGUGCUUUGGGGUCCUUGAUCGGCUCGGCUGCUUUGGGAAUGUCCCAUUACUAUUGGUCGCUUAACGAAAGUAGAGACUGUAUCAUGAACACCUCUGCUGACGGCAACUUCAGUGAGCAGGUGCUUCAUCCAGCAGGUGCGGUACGCGUAACCUGGGAGGCGUACCGGAACUCUGUGGGUCCUGCUGACGACGUUCGACUGCGUGGUUUGCCUGACUUAACGUCUGCCGAGGUUUUUUUCGUGACCACAUGUUAUAUUCUGUGCGGCCUGCCUAAAGAAGCUCACCCCGAAUUCCGGUGCAACGAGCCCUUAAAACACCUCAAGGAAUUUUCUGAAGCUUUCGGCUGCCGACGGAAUACAGCUAUGAAUCCUGACGAGAAGUGCAAGCUGUUUCCAACGUCAUGAGCCUAAGCCACCUUUCUUACUUGCCGAUCGAUAUCGGCAAGUAUCGAUACCAUACUCUGAAAUAAUCUGAAUGGAGUGUCAUGUAACUCUCAAAUAUGUUCUCUUGAAGCGGUAUCAAUAACACAUAUAUUGCUUUUCUUUUCCUUCUUGGUCUGAUCUUUCGUCCAAUAGGUCACAUGAUCUGCUUAGAACGCAAGCGUGAACGAAAGGCUUCGCUUGGGAUAUUAAUCUUAUCACUACUCUAAAUAUCAGACAUUAGUCCUCAUCCCUUAGCAGGCUGGACAGCAUGCGUGACGUUCGAGAUGUAGUAUAUUUUUCAAUUUAUUCUUCCACUGUUUAUAGUAUAGUCCUUGUUUUUCAUCCACUAGUAAUCACGGUGCGCAUCAUCUUCCACAGCGACUUGUAGCGAACUGUAGGCUCGCCUUAGCUCCUCCGUGUUACGCGGUUGUUUCCAGAGCGCACCUAUGUUUGAAUAAAAUGGAACUCGUGUUGUGUUAUCA